UUCUUCCCAUUUUUGACCGUUUCCUCCCAUCUUUUAUCCUUCCUCCCCACUUUUGACUCUUCCCCAGCUCCUUUCGCCUCCGCGUGCUGGACCUGACCGGAUUCCCGGACUCGGCGCCGGGCCGCGCUCCGCCCGGGAUGAGCGUCUGGUCCAGCACGGUGGCUUUGGCCAAGGCUUGCCUGGAGCUCUCCAAGCACCAGCGGGAAUUCCAACGCCGCGGAUCCAAGCGGCACAAAGGCCGUUCCGCCGCCGCCGCCGCCGCCGCGCCGUCGCCGCCGGGCGUGGACGUCCACGCCGACCUCUUCGUCAACGGGACGUCCUUCGGGCUGGUGCGCGACGCCCUCCGGAGCGGCGCCGCCGGCCCGCUGCGCCUCAAGUGCCGCGAGCUGCAGGCGGAGAAACUCUCCCUGGCCGGCAUCGUCAGCCUGCUGGAAUCCCUGGAUCCGGCGUUCCUGCGGCGCGUGGAUCUGCGCUUCAACAACCUGGGCCUGGCCGGGCUCUCGGUGAUCCUGCCGCACCUCUCGCGCUUCCCGCAGCUGCGCAGCCUCAAGCUGCAGUACAGCAACGUGGACGUGCGGCGCCCGACGCCGGAAUCGGCCGUCGGGAUCCGCUGCCUGGCCGGGCAGCUGGGAAUGCUGCCCGGCCUCCGCGAGCUCAACCUGGGAUCCUCCCGCCUCUCCGGGAACCUGCGCCAGAUCCUCGG